AAUAAUAGGCUGUUGGGGGAGACUCCAGAGCUUUAGGAGUGAAUCCAGAGUGGCUCCUGGGGCAGCAGGGACCAUCUGGUCUGUGUCUGUGCAGUGCCUGGCAUGGGCGGCCGCUGGUCUGCCAGGGCUGCAGAGCCACGUCCCGGUUCACUCAUGGCUGCGGCAGAGCCCGCUCCGGGAAGGGACUCUCAGCGAGCUGCAGAAGGAUGCUCUGUCCCCCUGCCAGACCCGGCGUCCUGGGUGGAAGGGGAGAAUGUGUGGGUGCUGGAGCUGCAGCCCUACAGCGAUCCCAGUGCAGGUGAUGAAGCGGUAAAGCUGGAGCCGCAGGGGCCCUUCCUGAGAAGCGCUGUGAGGGCUGGAAAGCAGGAGAUGCCGAAGCCAGGCAUAGCAGGGAUGCUGGAGCCGGAGGGACCAUUCCUGAGAAGCGCUGUGAGGGCUGGAAAGCAGGACAUGCUGAAGCCAGGCAUCGGAGGGAUGCUGGAGCCGGAGGGGCGCUUCCUGAGAAGCACAGUGAGGACUGUAAAGCAGGAGGUGCAGGAGCCAGGCGUAGCAGGGGUGCUGGAGCCAGAGGGGCCAUUCUUGAGAAGCACAGUGAGGGCUGUAAAGCAGGAGACAUUGGAGCCAGAGGGGCCGUUCCUGAGAAGCGCUGUGAGGGCUACAAAGCAGGAGAUGCCGGAGCCAGGCGUAACAGGGAUGUCGGAGUCGGAGAGGCCCUUCUUGAGAAGUGCUGUGAGGGCUGUAAAGCAGGAGAUGCUGGAGCCAAGCAUAGCAGGGAUGCUGGAGCCAGAGGGGCCGUUCCAGAGAAGUGCUGGAGAGAACAUUCCCUGGAUCCCGGAGCAGGGCAGAGCUGGCGGAAGCCAGCACCGGGCAGUGAGGAGGAACCCUCCACGGAGGAGGCAGGGUAAGAACAGCCGCUAUGACCCCCCGCCGGGGAGGCAAGGGGGCAGCCCCCUGCGGGACAUCACUGUGCCCCAGAGCGCAGCUGCAGGGGGGCCGCCCCACACGUGUGCCACCUGCGGAAAGAGUUUCAGCCGCCGCUCCAAGCUGAGCUCCCACCAGAGGAACCACACUGGAGACAAACCCCACAGCUGUGGGGACUGUGGGAAGGGCUUCCUGUGGCGCUCAGACCUGCUCCGACACCAGCUCAUGCACACGGGGGAGCGUCCCCACCACUGCCCCCAGUGUGGCCGCGGCUUCAGCCGGGCCUCACGGCUCCUGCAGCAUCAGAGAGUCCAUACGGAAGCCAGCCAUGGAAUGGAGGGCAGCCCGGUGCCGAGUGCGCUGCAGGGAGUCCACGGGGAGCCUGGCCACGGAGUGGGGCAGUGGGGGAGCCUGGGGCUGAGUGAGGGGCUGGGAGUCCACACGGAGCCUGGCCACGGAGUGAGUGAGGGCCGGGAAGUCCACGGGGAGCCUGGCCACAGAGUGGGGCAGAGCCCGGGGCUGAGUGAAGGGCUGGGAGUCCACACGGAGCCUGACCACAGCAUGGGGCGGAGAACGGGGCUGAGUGAGGGCCGGGGAGUUCAUGUGGAGCCCAGCCAUGGAGUGGUACGGAGCCUGGGGCUGAGUGAGGGGCUGGGAGUCCAUGCGGAGCCUGGCCAUGGAGCAGAGAGGACCUGGGCUCUGACUACGCUGCAGAGAAGCCAUGUGGAGCCUGCCCAUGGAGGGGAGGGCAAUGUGGCACAGAGCCCAACCUUGUUUGCACUGCAGGGAGUCCAUGGAGAACCUUGCCACGGAGCAGGGUGGAGCCCGGUGCUCACUACACUGCAGGGUGUCCACGUGGAGCCUGGCCACAGAGUGGGGCGGAGCCCGGGGCUGAGUGAGGGGCUGGGAGUCCACGUGGAGCCUGGCCAUGGAGUGGGGCGGAACCCGGGGCUGAGUGAGGGGCUGGGAGUUCACGCAGAGCCUGGCCAUGGAGUGGGGCGGAGCCCGGGGCUGAAUGAGGGGCUGGGAGUCCACAUGGAGCCCGGCAAUGGAGCAGAGAGGACCUGGGCUCUGACUACGCUGCAGGGAGUCCAUACAGAGCCCUGCCAUGGGGCGGGGUGGAGCCCAAUGAUGACUACACUGCAGAGAAGCCAUGUGGAGCCUGCCCAUGGAGGGGAGGGCAAUGUGGCACAGAGCCCAACCUUGUUUGCACUGCAGGGAGUCCAUGGAGAGCCCUGCCCCGGAGCGGGAUGGAGCCCGGUGCUCACUACACUGCAGGGCGUCCAUGCAGAGCCAGGCCAUGGAGCAAGGUGGAGCCCAGUGCUAACUACAUUGCAGGGAGUCCACGUGGAACCCUGCCACGGAGCAGGGUGGAGCCCGGUGCUCACUACGCUGCAGGGCGUCCACGCAGAGCCAGGCCAUGGACCGGGGUGGAGCCCGAUGCUCACUACACUGCAGGGUGUCCAUGCAGAGCCAGGCCAUGGAGCAGGGUGGAGCCCGAUGCUCACUACACUGCAGGGCGUCCAUGCAGAGCCAGGCCACAGAGCAGGCUGGAGCCCUGUGCUCACUACGCUGCCGGGUGUCCACGGAGAGCCCUGCCAUGGACAAGAAUGGAGCCCAGCCCUGAGUGCAUUGCAGGGCAUCCACGGGGAGCCCAGCCACAGCCCAGAAGGGAACCCGGCGCUGAUUGCCUUGCAGAGGGUCCACGCGGAGCCCUGGGACAGCGCAGAGGGUAAUGUGGCACAAUGCCCAACCUUGUUUGCACUGCAGAGAAUUCAGGCAGAGCCCUGCUACAGCACUGAGGGACCCACGGCCCAGAGGCUGGAGCUGAUUGUGCUGCAGAGAGUCCACGGAGAGUCCUGCCAUGGAGCAGAGGGGAGUUCAGGCCUGAUUGCCCGGCAGGGAGUCCAUGGAGAGCCCUGCCACGGCACGGAACAGAGCCCGGCACUGAAUGCAGUGCAGACAGUCCACGGGCAGCCCUGCCACGGCACCGAGCAGAGCCCGGCACUGAGUGCAGUGCAGACAGUCCACGGGCAGCCCUGCCACGGCACCGAGCAGAACCCGGCACUGAGUGCAGUGCAGACAGUCCACGGGCAGCCCUGCCACGGCACCGAGCAGAACCCGGCACUGAGUGCAGUGCAGACAGUCCACGGGCAGCCCUGCCACGGCACCGAGCAGAGCCCGGCACUGAGUGCAGUGCAGACAGUCCACGGGCAGCCCUGCCACGGCACCGAGCAGAGCCCGGCACUGAGUGCAGUGCAGACAGUCCACGGGCAGCCCUGCCACGGCACCGAGCAGAGCCCGGCACUGAGUGCAGUGCAGACAGUCCACGGGCAGCCCUGCCAUGGCACCGAGCAGAGCCCGGCACUGAGUGCAGUGCAGACAGUCCACGGGCAGCCCUGCCACGGCACCGAGCAGAGCCUGGCACUGAGUGCAGUGCAGACAGUCCACGGGGAAACCUGCCACGGAGCAGAGAGUCCCGUGGCCCAGAGCCUGGCACUGGCUGCGCUGCAGUGUCUCCAGGCUGGAGAGGCUCAAUGCGUCAUCGGUGAGCGAGGGGGAGGCCUGGCUGAGACCCCCCCAUCCCCCGCAGCCUUGGUGCAGGAUAAUCCCUUCCAAUGUCCUGAAUGCCGAAAGUGCUUCGGCCGCAGCUCGUACCUGGUGAAGCACCGCCGGAUCCACGGGGCGGGGAAGCCCCACCAGUGCCCCCAGUGUGGCAAGUGCUUCAGCCAGCGCUCAUACCUCUGCAAGCACCGCCGCAUCCAUGCCGCCGCAGCCGGCAAACCCCACGAGUGUGCGCUGUGCGGCAAGCGCUUCAGCCUUCGGUCCUACCUCUGCAAACACCGCCGCAUCCACACGAGAUAGACCCGCUCCCCGGGCCUGGGAGCCACAGCAGCCCUGCACGGGCCGUGCACGGCCCUGGAGCCAAGGGGACGCCGCCCCGGAGCCAUGGUACAAGCAGCCCAUGGAGCGUGCCGUCAGAGCCCACGGCAUGGGAGCACUACCGGCUGAGCUGGCAGGCACGCGGUGCGAGAGGGAGCGCUGGGUGAGGCUGCGUCCUUAUGGGAGUGGUUGGUGGGAACAGAGGGGAGAACUUUCUGUGCCAUGUUCUGUAACGUUUUUGGUCAAUAAAUGGUUUUGAAGAGGGGGAAAUGCUCCCUUGUAAA